UUUGGGGUGCAAAAAUGAAGGUUUUAUGGUUCCAUACAGACCACUCCUGGACGUACCUGCACAAGUGAUGUUCUGUGAAUUAACUUGCUAGUGAAUUUGCUUUAUUAACAGAUCACAGAAUAUUAACAGCCACCAAGGUGCCACUUCUUUCUGUUCCUUUAGGCUGGACUUCUGAAAAACCAGACUCAGAUUAAAUUCCACAAGGAAUCUCUUAGCACAGAUGGAAAAGAAAAAGCAGGGCAUGAUUCAAAUAACGACAAGAGACUUUCUGAAAUUUAAAUCCUCGCCUUUGUGUGUAUUUUAGGUCUGACCGAGCAUUAUUGGAGCAACAGUCAAAUACUAACCUGUUAAACACAUUUUGUUCACCCGAAGGAUGUCUGUAAGUGAUUUUGAACAGUUAGCAGAAAUAGAACUGCAGAAAGAUGAAGCUGAAAAUACAGCAAUGGGAGAAACCAGGAGCUUUUCUGCAGCGCAGUCAAAUCAAGAAUUUGGAAUAAGCCUCACUCACCCAUACUAUGAUGUGGCUCGACAUGGCAUUGUUCACUCUGCAGGUGACGACUCUUUGGGGAGAAAAGUGAUCGCCUUCAGUUCAUGCCGCCUGCCACCUUCUCACCAGAUUAACCACUGCCAGUUAUUGGA